AACCGCGAACGAGCCCAGAAAUAUCCGUGAGCAACCACACGGUACGACACGCGAGGAUGCCUACUAGCCCUCCACGUGUACGGUCUACAGGGCCAUACGCGUCGCUGUCAAGAUGAGACGCCUGGGCGCACGCGGACACACGCGGUACCCAGCCCGCAACGGCACCGGAAGCGCGUACCAGAGAGACCUCUUUAAGGACCCAAGCCCGGAGACGAGAAAUGGUUAGAGACGAGAGAGAGAGAGAGAAGAGGCGGAGGAGAAGAGGAAGGGAUGGAGUUUUGGUGGGAUCGAGUGGUGAUUCCGAUGAGGCGAGUCUGGAUCAACGUGGCUACUCGCAUCGGAAAUCGGAAAACCGGGCUGUGGAAGCUGAGGAAGGAGGUGAGGACGUGCGAGUACGAGGACGUGCACGUGAUGUGGGAGAUGCUGCGGAAGACCGACACCGAGAUCGGCCGGUAUCCGCCGGCGGCGAUGGGUGGUUGUAACAAGAACCGGCGGCGGAGGAUGAGGCAUCGCCGGAGGGCGAGGGCGAGGGGCGGCGUGUGGGCGGCCGUGCUCGAGUGGGCUCCUUAUAGCCUGUGCCGCGACUUCUAGUUGGAUUAGAUCGGAUCGGAAUAUCGGAUGAGUACGCUCUAAGGGAGUUGGUCUCGGCACAGGAGUAGCCGUCUUUCUCCAGCCGUCUUCUAGUUUGUUGGAUCCGAUGGUCUCUGGUCUCUUUUGGAUUCUCUUGUGCACGGAGCAAACGAUUGCGAAGAGAAUGGGGAGGUUUCCACCCCUGCUUUUUUGUUUUUUUUAUUUUUCCCGUCCACUUUUGAGAAGACCAUCUACUAGAACUCACAAAUAUUAUUUGCUAUUUGCAAUCGCUGCUGCCUUCUCCUUGGUGUUAUAA